GGAGACAAUAGAGCGGACGGUUCGGAGGAGCUGCAGACCCGGACCAGCCCGGACCCGAACCGAACCUGCAGCGCGGACUUCGCAUGCGGCGGCUCUCGAAGGGUUCGAACCUGUCCAGGAACCCUCCGUCUCCAGACCCUCCCUUGGCCUCCGGCCCGCCCGGCUGCAACAAUGACCUCGGCACCUCACGGCUCUCGGGCUCCCGUCGACAUCUUGGAGGAGCUCCAGUUGAUCGCGGCACAAAACCUGGAAAGGCUGGACGUCAACAAGUACUACGAGGUCGUCCGUGAGCUGGGCAAAGGGACGUACGGCAAGGUUGACCUGGUGGUCCACAAGAUCAGAGGCACACAGAUGGCGCUGAAGUUCCUGAGGAAGAAGACCACCAAACUCAAGAGCUUCCUGCGAGAGUACAGCAUUUCCCUCUUCCUGUCGCCGUGUCCCUUCAUCAUCAACAUGUUCGGAAUCGCCUUCGAGACCGACGACUUCUACAUCUUCGCUCAGGAGUUUGCGCCGGCGGGCGACCUGUUCGACAUCAUCCCUCCUCAGAUCGGUCUCCAGGAAGCUGUGGCGAAGCGCUGCGUCCACCAGGUGGCGAUCGCUCUGGACUACCUGCACUGCAAGAAGCUGGUCCACCGGGACAUUAAACCGGAGAACAUCCUCAUCUUCGACAAGGAGUGUCGAAAGGUCAAGCUGUCGGACUUUGGCAUGACGCGGCGCGCUGGUUCGCCGGUGAAGCGCGUGAGCGGGACCAUCCCGUACACGGCGCCGGAGCUGUGCGACACGUCGGGGCAGGAGGGCUUCUGCGUGGACUACAGCACCGACGUGUGGGCCUUCGGCGUGCUGCUCUUCUGCAUGCUCACCGGGAACUUCCCCUGGGAGAAGGCCUUGCCCAACGACACCUUCUACGACGAGUUUAUUCGCUGGCAGCGUCGGAGGACGAGCACCGUGCCAUCGCAGUGGCGGCGCUUCAGCGACGACGCCCUGCGCAUGUUCCGCCGGCUGCUGUCCAUUGAGCAGGAACGCCGGUGCUCCGUCAAAGAGGUCUUCAGCUACUUCAGCCACGGUUGGAUGCUGGACGGCGACAGCAGGAGCGGGGGGAGGGCGAGCGCAGCUCUGGACAUCACCUCCUCCUCGGAGGAGGAGAACGUGCUGGCAGACCGGCUGAAGCAGCAGACCCUGUCACCCCCAGGUGGCGGGGUGAAAGGGACCAUCAUGAUGAACUCGCACUUCUCCUCCAUGUCCAGCAACAGCUCUCCGUCGUCCACCGGCAGCUACGAGCGCGUGAACAGAGAGAACAGCGAGAGGGGGCGACUGCUGGUGACCACGCCCAUCGAAAUCUGCGUGUGACAUCGCGGUCAGGCGCCACAGGUCACAUGAUCACCUUGUAGAGGCCGCCGUGCUGAGAAUCAAGAGCACUCUGGCGUUUGGAAGCCACUCGAGGAAAUGGCUUCUGGGGUGGAUGUUUCCGAUGACGAGUCUCUGAGGAAACGCUGAAAGUCCAGCUGCUCCACGUGAGCAGACAGGUGUAAACUCAGUUACCUCUCUGGUGUUUUCACUUGGGUAUUUAUUCCUGUCACAUCUGCUGAUGAUUGCAAACUGAAGUUGUCGACGUUGGUUUUGGAUUAUGAGGGACAAGUUUGAGCUGCGGUGAAUUUUUCCUACUUGAGCGUGCCUGUGUUUGUUUCAUGUUUGUAUGGACAUGUGUGUGUGUGUUUUUAUUGAUUUUGUGUGCAGCGGAUGUGGCGUGUCUGUCCAUAUGCUUCUUCGUAUGCAUGUGUGAGAGUGUGUGUUUGUGUAUGUGUGUGUGUCAGUCUGCGUCUUCUACAUAACGUAAACUUUCAAAAUGUAAAUGAAUGUGACUCUUUUGUUUGAACGAACUUUUGUGAUCAACUCUGUUGUGUUUGCAUGAAUAAUUCUGACGUGAUUGUGAAAUAAACUACU